CCUUUGAAGAUGAGACCAUGAAGCUUCGGCAGCUGAAGCUGGAUUAUCAGAGAGCACUGCUGGAGAAGAAGCAGAGAAAAAAGCGCCUUGAGCCACUCAUGGUACAGCCAAAUCCAGAAGCCAGAGUACGUCAGUCAAAGCCAAGAGGUAGUGAGGAGCAAACUCCUUUGGUGGAACUUCUUACUCCUUACAACGAUGUCAUCCUGCAUGGCAUUGAUGGUCCAGCUGCCUUCCUGAAGCCAGAUGCUCAAGAUUUGGAAACAAAACUUCAUGUUCUCUCAGUAGGUUCUUCUGCUACGGAAGAGAAUACUGAAGGGAAUGUGGAUGAGGAAAAAACUUUGGAUACUGCUUCCAAGCCAGAUCUCCAGGAGAUUCUCCAAAAACAUGGUAUCUCAGGUUGUUUGAACUUCGAUGAGGAGGAGACUGAUGGUGAGGAAGAAGGAGGAAAAAAAUUAAGAUCCUGUUCACCAUAUUCAAAAACAGGGAGACCCAAUUCUGCUUCCAGCCACAAAUCAACCACAGAUACAGGAGCUUCUGGAACUGCAGCCCAGCAGGCAGAUAACCAGCUGGGAGAAGUGGAGAAUUUAGAGGACUUUGCGUUUAGUCCUGCCCCUCGAGGUGUCACAGUGAAGUGUCAGAUAACCAGGGAUAAAAAAGGAAUGGAUCGGGGUCUCUUCCCCACCUACUAUAUGCACUUGGAAAAAGAUGAAAAUCAGAAGAUAUUUCUUCUUGCAGGUAGAAAGCGGAAAAAGAGCAAAACAUCCAACUACAUUAUCUCCACUGACCCAACAGAUUUAUCUCGUGAAGGGGAACGUUACAUUGGCAAACUCAGAUCCAACUUCAUGGGGACCAAGUUUACAGUUUAUGACCAUGGUGUCAGCCCAGUCAGGGCCCAGGGCCUGGUAGAAAAGGCCCAUAUCCGGCAGGAGCUGGCUGCCAUCUGCUACGAAACAAACGUGCUUGGAUUCAAAGGCCCUAGGAAAAUGUCUGUGAUCAUUCCAGGGAUGAAUAUGAAUCACGAACGGAUCCCAUUUCAGCCACGAAAUGACAAUGAGAGCUUGCUCUCAAAAUGGCAAAACAAAACCAUGGAGAACUUGAUUGAACUGCGCAACAAGGCCCCAGUCUGGAAUGACGACAUUCAGUCCUACGUCCUCAACUUCCAUGGCCGGGUCACUCAGGCAUCCGUGAAGAACUUUCAGAUAGUCCAUGGAAAUGACUGUUUUUUCCCAGUACAACCACGUUACCGUCUUGAUGGAUUUUGGACGUGGCCGGCGCCAUUGUGCACACACUGACUAUAUAGUCAUGCAGUUUGGACGUGUGGCAGAUGAUGUCUUCACACUGGACUACAACUACUCGCUGUGUGCACUUCAAGCCUUUGCCAUCGGGCUCUCUAGCUUUGGCAGCAAGCUGGCAUGUGAAUGAGAGGACAGAUUCUAUGCCUCAAGAGUGACAUUUCCUGUGCUUGGAAACUUGCAGGAGAAUCAGAUUAUAAGAUUUCUGCCAAGUGUUGCAGGUUAUUAGCACCUCCCAGCAAAAUCAUGACUCUUACACCAGUUCACCGGUCCCAAGGUGUGUCUGAAUUUUGAGAACCCAAGAACCUGGUGAGUCCCAUAUUCACCACUGUUCAGCUCCCAAGCCUUUGUGCGCUGAGCUGCUGCCAGCAUGGGCAAGGAAUCCAUGACAUUUCCCUUCUGUGGACUGUCUCUCCAUCCCUACUUCCUGUUGCUCUUUGCUCCACGUCAAGUAGCCAUAUGAAGGAAAGAGAUCUGGGAGAUGGAACGACCCCUUGCUCACCCCCCACCGGCAAGUCCUGCCCACCUUGUGUUGGUGUGACUGGUUUCCAUGUCAGGCAUGCUGCCUGCCCCUCAAGUGCCUCGUUUAUAGAAGUGCUCUACAGCCCCGCACUCUUCCAUCACCCACCGUCGUGAGAAGAGAACGCUGUUCACUCAUCUCCAGUUACAGUAUAUGACAGUGGCUGAGGAAGGGACGCCUGCCAUCGGGCAAGUGAAUCUGAUCCUGCUGCCUUCUCUCUCUGGCUUGGAGAGCUACAACCCUAGUUUCAUGUACUUUCUGCUUCAGUGUGCAGGUGACCGGUUUUACGUAAGUCAUUUAUACCUUUUGUAUGCCACAGAAAUAAAAGAUGAUUUAUAUAAAAA